GUAUAUUUCACUACUUUUCUGUUUGUGUAAUAAUCUCAAUAGGUACAAAGAUCUGAACAUUGUAUUAGCCUUCGAGAAAUCAAUAAACAGUAGCUGCUUAUGGAACGUUCUGAAACAGGAAUAGAGGGAGGAUGAGAACCACAGUCAUAUUUUAUUUCGAAUGACAUAAUUCAAAGUGAUCACUCGUUGCGAUAAAGGGAUAUCACCCAAACUAAUCAUAUACGUUCUGCAUCACACCUGGGUUAAGCAAUGACUCCUUUCCUGAAAGAAGUGUUACAGACAGUAGCAAACAACGUCAUCACGGUGAUAGUCUUCGCGAUAGCACUGUUGUUAAGCUCCCGAUGGUACAGACAUCGCAAUUUGCCCCCGGGACCAUGGGGACUUCCGUUCAUAGGCAUCAUACCAUUUGUUGGGACCCACCUUCACAAGACCAUGAUUACAUGGAGUAAAAAAUACGGCGAUGUCUUCAGUUUCUACCUCGGUCCCAAUCUAUCAUUGGCUAUACAUGGCGACACCUGUGUCACACCCGCACCAAAGAGACUUAAUGUACUUUUACGUUGGUCAGGUAUGAAAACAUUAAAGAGGCGUUUGUUAAACACGGUGACCAUUUUUCUGGAAGAGAACUGAUGUUUAUGGUAAAGGACACAAGGGGAAAAUACACAGGGGUUCUGAUAAACCAAGACAAGGCAUGGCAGCAGCAUAGGAGAUUCCUAGAACGAAUUUUUAGGGAGCUGGGCGUGGCUAAAUCUACAUGGGAGUCCAACAUCCACGAUGAACUGAAUCAUUUUCUCGCUGAAAUAACAAGUAAAAAUGGCGAAGCAUUUGACAUCCAUCAGUUGUUAAACAUGUCCGUGGCAAACGUCACUAAUAAAAUCAUUCUUGGCGAUAGAUUCGAAUAUUCGGAUGAGUCGUUCCAACGCCAUGUCAAGAUGAUUGAUGACAUCAUGAACAACUGGCAGUUGUCAGUCUUCUUCAACAUGUAUCCAUGGACACGUCUAUUACCAGGAGAUCCCACUAACUACUUUACGUUAAAGAAGUGUGAGCACUCUCGGCAAUACGACGUCAUACAACCAAUGAUUGACAAACGUAAAACCGAAUGUGAGAAAAAUGGUAGGAAAAAUGACAAAGAUAUCAUAGGAUAUUAUCUGAAUGCAUUGGAAGAGAAGGACAAACUGGUGAAAUAUUCCACAUUUGAAAUGUUGCAACUAAGAUGUAUCAUCGAUGAUUUGUUCUUCGCUGGCACGGAGACCACAAGCACGACCAUGCGAUGGGCAUUGUUAUAUAUGAUCAAAUACCCACACAUUCAAGAGAAAGUACGCCAAGAAAUAUUCGACAAUAUUGGAAAAGGUCGAUUGCCAAGUUUGAACGACCGUGAAAGUCUCCCGUAUACAGAAGCUGUACUUUUAGAAAUACAAAGAUAUAACUCUAUUGUCCCUCUGGCGGUGCCCCAUCAAACUACUGCAGAUGUUACAUUUAAGGGGUACCAUAUUCCAAAAGGAGUUCUUGUUUAUCCAAACCUCUGGGCAUUACACAGAGACCCUACAUUGUGGAAGAACCCGAAUAUUUUUGACCCUCUUCGUUUUUUAGAUGAAAACGGUCACGUGGUAAAGCCUCCACACUUUAUGCCAUUUUCAAUAGGAAAGCGGAUCUGUGCUGGAGAAGUCCUUGCAAAGUCUGAGAUGUUUCUCUAUUUUUCCACAAUGAUGCAACGCUUCAACUUCACAUUCCCAAAUGGACGGACAACGCCAUCUAUGGAAGGUGUAUUGGGUAUCACACUAUGUCCAGAACCUUUCAAAUUGUGCGCCACAAGAAUUUGAGCUGAAUAAAUCAUUUAAACAAUUUCUGAUACGUCUAUAUAUGUUGGGGUUAACACAAUCACAUCAUUAAUAUUUGUCUUCCAAGGUGGUCAUAAUAUUACAUGUUUGGGUCAUUGAAACUUGAGGAAUCAUGUCAAAUCUGGGUGUUGCUGAAAAUAUAUCUACCUAUGUGCAAAGUAUGACUUAUUUUACAAGGGCAACUGGAGAUAUUCAUAUUCAUAUGUAAUAUACCCACCGUCAACAACAAAGGUACAAACCGAAGAUAACUCUAUAGAUGAUACAAUCUGAACUGUUUCAUAUCCACAAAUCGUGACACUCACCACUCACAAAGAGGCUCACUGCCUUUCUAUCAAAAUUGAACAAAACAUAACCGUCAUUCUCACAAUCAAUGUCAAAAGCUUUCUGUAUAUUUGCCCAAAAGGCCCAAAGUUAAUUCGUGGUUUGCGCCAUUAAAACUGCUUUGGAGCAAAUGAUGGAAGAAAGUUACCUACGAUAGCUCAUCUUGGAUUUCCAAGGUAUGAUGUUUUCAUAAAUAGAAAAUCAAACUGGGAAACGAGUAUGCGAUAGCUAGGAUCAGUUGAAUUCUAAUUAGGUUAUAUACGGCACAACCAUUGUGAAAUAAGAUUCUUCGUCUUUAUUCUUUUAUGAAAUAUAUACAUAUUCUGAAAUCAACCUGUUGAUCACUGUUAGCACUAGUGGAACAAAAUAAUGGCUUUUGUUUCAAAUCAUCAUUCCAACCCGAUUGUAACAAUCUUCGAAAAGUUACCCUCAUUCGUCUCCGAAUCUUUAUUGCGCAUUUCUAAACUAGUCUUAUCUUAAGAUCAUUGCAUUCUGAUACUCAUAGCAUCUUUCUGUUUCACCGGAAACAUCU